GGGUCUCAGCGUCUGCGUCCUCCAGCUCCAGCUGUAUGUCUGCGAGGGCUGCUCUGCGCCGGUGGGGAUAUAUCGUUACCGAUGCUCUCCAUCUAACGUGAACAUUUAAUAUAACUGUUUUAAAUACCGGCUGAAGCAAUGGGAGCUUUUGGAGUGAUAAUGGGGCUUUUACAGUACGCGGGACUUUACAUUCAACUUAACGCAGCUCUCAACGACGGACACGGAGAGGUGGAUAAUCACAUCUCUGGGAAUGCACUCUUUACAGAGAUCCCACACGACAUCACAACACACAGUGGUGAGGAUGUAGAGAUGGCCUGUUCCUUCCGUGGGGCAGGUUCUCCCUCCUACUCCCUGGAGAUCCAGUGGUGGUACAUCAAGGACCAUAGAGACUGGCAAGAAAAACCUCCCUAUACGACUAAUAAUGUUGUACCCUUGGAGGAGACUACCAAAGAUGCCACUAAAAUUAGUGUGGUAAAAGUGGCCGGUAGCAACAUAUCCCACAAACUCCGCCUCUCCAGCGUCAAACCAAAAGACGAGGGCACAUACGAGUGCCGUGUGAUUGACUACAGCGGUACCGUGGCGCAGCACCACCGCGUUCGGGCCUACCUCCGGGUGAAGCCUGAGCGGAGUCAGGGCUCAGAGGACGUCGAGUAUGAGCCACGGGGUAGUCACCCACACUCGCCCCAUCAAUCUGACUGUGAUGAGAGCUGUGUGCUUUAAAAUGGGCAACGUGCCUGGCAGUUUGCAUGCUCAUGACUUCACUCUGUAAAGAGGGACACUCAUCAACACCCUAAUUUACCACACGGCUGAAACGUCACUCCUAACGGGGCCCUUUGUGUUUCAUGGUUUGAUUGUCGCUCUUUAAUAUUGUUAUUUGAAUUCCACUGCUGUUCAGUGCCAGUAGAGCGGGGAUGGUUUUGCUGGCAGUACAUCUGAUUGACUUCUUUUGCUGCUUUGCUCGUCAUCUCUGUGCAUUAAGUUUAUCUUAAUGUAACAGUGAGGCUGUAAUGACAAAGAAGAAGUUUUAUUGUGUUAUUGUAGAUGUCAUUUAAAAAAAACAAACCCCUAAGAUACAGACAGAAGAUGCAGUGUACCUCCUUUUGUCUUCUACCUGAACAUUUUCCAAAAGCUGCAGUAUUUCAGUACAAAUGCUUUGUAAGAAAAACAGAAUAAUUUUACACCUUUUUCAUUAUCUGAAAACUUUUCAGAGAGCAUUGGUUUCAAAUUGUGUAAUCCUUGUUUUGACGCUUUGAAGGAAAAGUAUAUGUUUAGCUUUCUAAACCCACAACUAGAAUGUCUGUCACAAUGCAAGUGUACGCCCUCAUCACAUCAAGAUAUCAGUUCUUGUGUAUAUUCACUCUUUGCUGUGUAGACUUUUAUUGUCUCCACUAAGUUAAAUCCCUAAAACCUCAGCUAAUCUGUAAAUCACAUCAAACUUUUACCAUCAUUUUCUAAACAAAGAUAUAAGUUUGUGGCUAAACUUUUGUCACAUCACUCCUUGACUGUGUUUGCCCUGUUGCUACUGUUCAGUAUUUUUUGUGUUAAAUGCAUUCAUUUUGAAUUAUAAACUACUUUCUGUGA